AUGGCCCCCAAGAAGCUCCAAGUCGGCGCCGCUGGCCUCGGCCGCAUGGGCAAACGCCAUGCCAUCAACUUCCUCAACCGCGCUCCCCGCUCGCAACUGGUCGCUGCAUUCUCUCCAGACCCUGAGGAGAUCCAAUGGGCAAAGCAGCACCUCGAGCCUUACGGCGUGACCCUUUACACUAAGUACGAGGACAUGAUCCAACACCCCGGUCUGCAAGCCGUUGUCAUCGGUACUGCUACCUCCGUUCACGCAGAAGAGGCAAUCAAAGCCAUGGAAAAGAACCUCCACGUCCUCUGCGAGAAGCCCUUGAGCAUCAACCUUGACAUUUGCAACGAAGUCGUCGCCGCAGCAAAACAACGCCCACACCUCAAAGUAAUGUGCGGUUUCUCCCGCCGCUUCGACGACUCCUACCGCGCCGCAUACCGCAAAGUCGAGAACGGGCUCAUCGGGCGUCCCUCCGUGCUGCGCUCCCAGACCUGCGACAAGCACGACCCGUCCGGGUUCUACGUCGAGUACGCCAGCUGGUCUGGCGGUGUCUUUGUGGACAUGGCCGUGCACGACAUCGACCUAACCCUUUGGUUCUUCGGGUCGGACGUCGUUCCUAAAUCCAUUUCCGCAUACGGGAUCACUGCUGUUACGCCUGACUUGAAGAAAUAUAACGACUAUGACAAUGCGGUUGGGAUUGUGGAGUUCCAUAAUGGGAAGAUUGCGUACUACUACUGCUCGCGGAUGAUGGCCCAUGGACAGGAGGACGUUACUGAGAUUAUCGGGACAGAGGGGAAACUGUCUGUUAACUUGAACCCGCAGAGUGACUUGGUCAACUACUACCACGCUGGUGGGAUUACUCGUGAAGUUCCGCCUCAUUACUGGGGACGCUUCGAGCAGGCGUUUGUUAAGGAGACGAACGAGUUUGUGGACUCGUGCCUCGAUGAUACGCCGCUGCCUAUGAAGCUCAGCAAUGCGGUCAAGGCUGUUCAGAUUGGAGCUUGGCUGCAGGAGUCGCUGGUCAGUGGGAAGCAGCUGCGGUUUGAUGAGACUGGGAAGAGAAUUGAAGCUGCAAAGAUAUAG